GUUGCUGUGUUUGUUUGCCACGUCUGUUGUGUGCUGCAAAAAGCAGAGUGAGUGGAAGGAAAGAUUAGGAAACAAUAAACAGAUUAAACAUCAUUUAGCGCAGAUUACCAGAGACGAGGCGAGGGCGAACUUGGAAAAUGUCUGCCACUGUCUCUCGCAAGACUAGGAGCUUGUGUUUGGCCACGCUGGUGGUGUGCGCUGUGAUGGUGCAGCUGACAUGUGCUCACGGGCACGCUCACUCCCACGAGCACGGGCACGCUCACUCCCACGGGGGCCACGAGCACGGGCACGCUCACUCCCACGGGGGCCACGAGCACGGGCACGCUCACUCCCACGGGGGCCACGGGCAUGACUGUGGCCACGCGCACCACGGAGGGGCCAGCAAGUGGAGCGCCGAGGCCAACCUGCCGCUGUACGAGGCAGCGGAGGCAGCCUCGCAGCACGGCCACUCGCACGGAGCCAAGAGCCAAGAGGAGCACAUCAGUGCAACGCCACCGAGGGAGAAACCAAACACUUUCCAACUGUGGACACAGGCUGUGGGCGCGACCCUGCUGAUCAGUGCGGCCCCCUUCCUCAUCCUCUUCCUCAUCCCAGUGGAGUCCAACACCUCCCAGCACCAGAGCCUGCUGAAAGUGCUGCUGAGCUUCGCCUCCGGGGGGUUGCUGGGGGACGCCUUCCUGCACCUCAUCCCCCAUGCACUGCAGCCUCACUCUCACCAUGAGGAGGGAGGACACGCCCACUCGCACAUGGAGUCACAUGACCACGGCCACUCCCACUCGGGUGGUGAUCAUUCUCACUUGAUGUCGGUGGGUCUGUGGGUGCUCGCUGGCAUCGUGGCUUUCCUGGUGGUCGAGAAGUUUGUGAGACACAUCAAGGGGGGCCACUCCCACUCCCACUCCCACUCCCACGCACAUGAGGCUCCCGCAAAAGUGGAGGAGAAACAGGGGAGUGGUGAUGAGAAGGAGGGGUUGAGACAGAGGAAGAAAGCGUCUGCAGAAGAGAAAGAGGCGGUCUCAAAGACAGUGGAGCGGAAAUCGGUCUCAGAAAUCAAGGUUUCGGGGUACCUGAACCUGGCCGCUGAUUUCACGCACAACUUCACGGAUGGCCUGGCGAUCGGCGCCUCGUUCCUCGUGAGCCCCGCGGUAGGCGCGGUUACCACGGUGACCAUCCUGCUGCACGAGGUUCCGCACGAGAUCGGAGACUUCGCCAUCCUGGUGCAGAGCGGCUGCAGCAAGAGAAAGGCAAUGUCUCUCCAGCUCCUGACAGCAGUGGGCGCUGUGGCGGGGACGGUCUGCUCUCUGCUGGCGGAGGGGGUGGGGGAGGCAGCCACGGCGUGGAUCCUGCCGUUCACCGCGGGGGGGUUCAUCUACAUCGCCACGGUCUCAGUCAUCCCCGAGCUGCUGCACGACUCCAAACCAGUGCAGUCCUUACUGGAGAUACUGGCCUUGCUCUUCGGGGUGGCCAUGAUGGUUCUCAUCGCAGAGUACGAGUGAGAGCGCCUCCUAGCGCACGGGAUGAAGCAGUGCAGCACGGGACCAAAUCAGAAGGGGAAUGCUUCGUUCUGAGUGGCAUAAGCAAGUAUUGAGUUGCUAUGCAAUUGCACACGUGUGGUUCAAUUCCAUGUUAACAGACCGUCAAUAGAAAUGCCAUUGGACUGCUUGUGUGUGUGUUACACUAUUACACUGCCAUUGCAAGGCUGAGCUCAUAUUCCUUAUGGGUGUUGAGCUGUGUUUACUGCAUUGGUAGUUUCCUGCUGCACAUAUGAAACAGCUUUUUAAACCGAGCUGAUUGCAGUUUUGGAAUCCUGCUCUUACUGUGUUGUUUUCACUUGGUUACAUUCCCCAGUGGCAUGUCUAUUGACUCUGCAUUAACAGGGAACUGAACUUCAAUAUGAGGGUCAAUGCUUAUCAGUUUCUUAUUUAUGCCACUCAAAGAAAGUGCUGAACGCAGGUC